AUGGGUGAGAAGAGUAGUCAAGGGGAACCUAGCAACUCAACUCCUACCAGCAUUUCUGAUAAAGGUAAAUCCAAAGUUGGUGAACUUGUUUCUACACCUCCUUUGGAAUUACCUAGUGUCCUAGAGUUAUUGGCUUCCCCUAAGGAUAUUGCUCCUUUGAGUGAUAUUCCUUGUCCAGAAACUAUAACUAAAAAUGAGUCUAAUCUGGUGGAAGUCACUAUCCAAUCUUCUUCUCUGGGAAGAAGGAUUGUUCACAGGAAAAAAUCUUCUGUAACUAAACAGGGAGACCCUGAGAAGAAAGUAUCCUCUGAAAUAAUGAAAAUUGAUAAAUCUGUGGGGUUUCAGGGUGAAGAAACCAAGGGAUUUCAUAAAAGAAGUAGUGAAGUGCUUCUUAAUGAAUCCCACUCAGGGUUGUGA